AUGUUUUAUUUAGACAUCGCAUGCCUUUUAAUUUCAUGUUUAUUUAUUGUAUUUGUAAAAUGUAUGGACAAAAAUCCUGCACCAAGGUUUGGAAUUUAUGAAAGGAAAGAUGGAAGGUAUUUUCUGAAAGUUAUAUUUUUGUAUGUUGUAUUAACGAUCAUAGGGUUUAAACGAAGACUGAGCAAUUUAAGAAAAAAGUUGCGCCGUUUGGAGAAGACCCAACCAUUGCUUUCCUCACAAAAGACGAUUGAUGUAAUCUCAUUGGAAGGAUCAAAUAAAUAUGGAGACUCUUUGAUUUUUAAAAUUACCAGAAGCAAGAGUAAACAAACAGGAUAUAUAUUCCUGAAAAUUGGUGAUAGUAAAUUAAAAGCUUCUAUCAAUUUGGACACAUGUAGAGAUAAAAAUGAAGAUCAUGGAGAAACCUUUUCUACCGAUGGUUUUAAACUGAACGUAAUUGAAGCGCUGAAAGCGUGGAGAGUGACUUACAGAGGAGAAAUUCCUGAGUUUGACAAUAUUAGUAAAACCCAUACAGUUGAAGUUCAAGGUAUAUGGGUAACUGAUAUACCCGUCUUUGAUUUUGAAGAUGCAGAUGCAUUAAAUUUGGCGAAAUGCUUGGCCUACGAAAAAUGGAACAUAGACCACUUUCUUAAUUUAAAAAGAUCUAGAACUACGUGUUACGAACAGUUUGGGACUUUGAUAGUAAAAGUAAAAAUAGAUGGUCAAGUACAUAAACUGAAAAUAGAUGCAAUCAAAAGUCGUCACUUGGGCCAUAAUAAUGCGAGUUACAUUUGGAAGGGAUGUGUGCAUCGAUUUAUUACAGAUGAAGGAGAUUGCUUUAGUUUACGCCAUACCUGCAACCCAAUAAUUACUUCUCGAAUGAUUGAGGGAUUUGUGUACAGCUCUAAAGAAAACAAAACACAUCCAAUUCAAAAUUCUAGUUUACAGCUAUACAAAUAUGGAGGAAUAAAAGAUCCGCCAGAAAAUUAUGGAUUUACUAUAAGAGCAGGUAAUACAGACUAUCAAAUUCAAGUGAAAGUUACAGAUACUUCUGAAGUUUCGACUGAAGAAAACGGCAACAUUAUAACUUGCUUUCAAACAAACGCCGUUGAAGUGAAUGGCAUAAAUAGCUGGGGCAUCUCUAAAUGGUUAUACCAAAAUAUUGAAUAA